ACCUGUUCGAAGCUCACAGAUUUGAAUGGAGAGUUAAGGGAAAGUUGGAAUGGUCACUUCUGUGUUUGUCAAAUUACAUUUUACUGAAGCUGGUUCUUUUUUUUCCCAAGCUGGGAUUUAAACCUUGCACUUGAGGGCUCGGUACCUGGAAACAGCCAUGGAGUGGAAAAUACUUCCCAUAUACUUGCUGCUACUUUCUGUUUUCUUGAUUCAGCAAGUUUCUUCUCAAGAUUUACCGAGCUGUGCAGGGAGAUGUGGGGAAGGGUAUUCUAGAGAAGCCACCUGCAACUGUGAUUAUAACUGUCAACACUACAUGGAGUGCUGCCCUGAUUUCAAGAAAGUCUGCACCGUGGAGCUUUCCUGUAAAGGCCGUUGCUUCGAGUCCUUCGCAAGAGGGAGGGAGUGUGACUGUGACUCAGAUUGUAAGAAGUAUGGCAAGUGCUGUCCUGAUUAUGAGAAUUUUUGUGGAAAAGUGCAUAAUCCCACAUCACCAUCUUCAAAGACUGCACCUUCACCUCUGGGAGCAUCUCAAACCAUCAAAUCAACAACCAAACGUUCACCCAAAGCGCCAAACAAGAAGAAGACUAAGAAAGUGAUAGAGUCAGAGGAAAUAACAGAAGAACAUUCUGUUUCUGAAAAUCAAGAGUCUUCCUCCUCUUCCUCUUCUUCUUCAACUAUUCGGAAAAUCAAGUCUUCCAAAAAUUCAGCUGCUAAUAAAGAAUUAAAGAAGAAACCCAAAGUAACAGAUAACAAGAAGGAAAAAACUCCUAAAAAGAAACCUACACCAGAACCACCAGUUGUAAAUGAAGCUGGAAGUGGACUGGAUAGCAGUGACAUCAAGCUCACCCCAACUCCUGACACUCCUACUACCCAAAGCAAUAAAGUUACCACAUCUCCCAAGAUUACAACAGGCAAACCAAUAAAUCCUAAACCCAGUCUUCCACCUAAUUCUGAUCCAUCCAAAGAGACACCUUCAAAACCUAAUAAAGAGACAAUAGCUGAAACUAAAGAGAUUUCUUUAACAAAAAAAGAGACUUCAAGUGGAACAAAAGAGAAGACUGUUUCAACUAAAGAGACACGAAGUGCAGAGAAAACACCUGCUGAAGAUUUUGUACCCACAUCCGAAGCUCCUGUUAAAUCUACACCCAAAGCUGAAACUACAACCAAAUCCCCUGUUUCCACCACCACCACGGAGCCUACACCCACUACUACCAAGGAGCCUGAACCCACUACUCCCAAAAAGCCUGUACCCACUACCACCAAAGAGCCUGCACCCACUACCAUCAAGGAGCCCACACCCACUACUCCUAAGGAGCCUGCACCCACUACCACCAAAGAGCCUGAACCCACCACCACCAAGGAGCCUGAACCCACCACCCCUAAGAAGCCUGCACCUACCACUCCUAAGGAGCCUGCACCCACUACCACCAAAGAACCUGCACACUCCACCCCCAAGGAGCCUGCACCUACCACUCCUAAGGAGCCUGCACCCACUACCACCAAAGAACCUGCACCCUCCACCCCCAAGGAGCCUGAACCCACCACCCCUAAGAAGCCUGCACCUACCACUCAUAAGGAGCCUGCACCCACUACCACCAAAGAACCUGUACCCUCCACUCCCAAGGAGCCUGCACCCACUACCACCAAAGAGCCCGUACCCACAGUCCCCAAAGAACCUGCACCCACUACGACCAAGGAGCCUGAACCUACCACCACUAAGGAUGAACCCACCACCACCAAGGAGCCAACACCCACCACCCCUAAGGAGCCUGCACCCACCACCACCAAGGAGCCUGAACCUACCACCACCAAGGAGCCUGAACCCACCACCCCUAAGAAGCCUGCACCUACCACUCCUAAGGAGCCUGCACCCACUACCACCAAAGAACCUGCACCCUCCACUCCCAAGGAGCCUGCACUCACUACUACCAAAGAGCCUGUACCCACAGUCCCCAAAGAACCUGCACCCACUACGACCAAGGAGCCUGAACCCACCACCACCAAGGAGCCAACACCCACCACCCCUAAGGAGCCUGUACCCACUACCACCAAGGAGCCUGAACCCACCACCACCAAGGAGCAGACACCCACCACCCCUAAGAAGCCUGCACCUACCACUCCUAAGGAGCCUGCACCCACAGCCCCCAAAGAACCUGCACCCACUACCACCAAGGACCCUGAACCCACCACCACCAAGGAUGAACCCACCACCACCAAGGAGCCGACACCCACCACCCCUAAGGAGCCUGCACCCACAGCCCCCAAGGAACCUGCACCCACAGUCCCCAAGGAGCCUGCACCCACUACCACCAAGGAGCCUGAACCCACCACCACCAAGGAGCUGACACCCACCACCCCUAAGGAGCCUGCACCCACAGCCCCCAAAGAACCUGCACCCACUACCACCAAGGAGCCUGAACCCACCACCACCAAGGAGCCAACACCCACCACCCCUAAGGAGCCUGCACCCACAGUCCCCAAGGAGCCUGCACCCACUACCACCAAGGAGCCGACACCCACCACCCCUAAGAAGCCUGCACCUACCACUCCUAAGGAGCCUGCACCCACUACCAUCAAAGAGCCUGCACCCACAGCUCCCAAGGAACCUGCACCCACCACCACCAAGGAGCCAACACCCACCACCUCUAAGAAGCCUGCACCUACCACUCCUAAGGAGACUGCACCCACCACCCCCAAGAAGCCUGCACCCACUGCCCCCAAAGAGCCUGCACCCACUGCCCCCAAGGAGCCUGCACCCACUGUCCCCAAGAAGCCUGCUCCAACUCCUCUUGAGACACCUGCUCCAACCACCUCAGAGGCCUCUACUACAACUACCACCAUGGAGCCUCCUCCCACUACUCCCAAGAACCCUGCUGAAUCAACGCCUGCAGAACCCACACCAAAGGCUCCUGAGAACAGUCCCAAGGAACCUGUUGUACCUGUAACCAAGGCUCCUGAAGUGACCAAACCUGAAAUGACAACAGCUAAAGACAAAACAGAAAAAGACACACAUACGAAACCUGAAAUUACAAGUGCUGUACCUAAGAUUACAACCCAAGAGACAGCAAUUUCAACAGAAGAGACCACUGAGUCCAAAACAAGUACAACCACACAAGGAACUCCUAUCACAUCGUCCAAAAGUACUCCUAGAGCAACAACUCCUGCACCCAAAGAAAUGACUACAACAAAAAAGACAACCACAAUGGAAGAGACUGUGAAUAAACCUGAAGAAACCACAGAUGUGCCCAAAGAUACAACCACGAAACCUGAAGUGUCAACUUCCAAACCCCGAAAGCCAAACAAAGCACCAAAAAGGCCUACUUCUACCAAAAAGCCAAAAACAGUACCUAAAGGGAGAAAACCAAAGCCUACAGCAACUCCCCCAAAGAUGACUACAUCGACAAUGCCUACAUUACACCCUACCUCUUCAGAGGAAGCCAUGCUCCAAACUACCACCAGCCCCAACCAGGGACUUAACUCAGAAAUAGUUGAAGUAAAUCCAAAUAAAGAUGCAGAUAUUGCUGGAGAAAAACCUCACACGAUCCCCAGGCCCCCUGCGUUCACCCCUAUAUUUAUCCCAGGUACUGGUACCUUGGUGAGAGGAUCCAAUCAAGACAUCGCCAUCAAUCCCAUGCUUUCAGAUGAGACUAAUUUAUGCAACGGUAAGCCAGUAGAUGGACUGACUACUUUGCGCAAUGGAACACUGGUUGCAUUUCGAGGUCAUUAUUUCUGGAUGCUGAGUCCAUUCAAUCCACCAUCUCCACCUCGUAAAAUUACUGAAGUUUGGGGUAUUCCUUCUCCCAUUGAUACUGUUUUUACUCGAUGCAAUUGUGAAGGAAAAACUUUCUUCUUUAAGGAUUCCCAGUACUGGCGUUUCACCAAUGAUAUAAAAGAUCCUGGGUACCCCAAACAAAUUGUAAAAGGAUUUGGAGGACUAAAUGGAAAAAUAGUGGCAGCUCUCUCAAUAGCUAAACACAAGGACAGACCUGAAUCUGUGUAUUUUUUCAAGAGAGGUGGCGGCGUUCAGCAGUAUAUUUAUAAACAGGAACCCAUCAGAAAGUGCCCUGGAAGAAGGCCUGCUAUCAAUUAUUCAGUGUACGGAGAAACAACACAGGUUAGGAGACGUCGCUUUGAACGUGCCAUAGGACCUUCUCAAACACACACCAUCAGAAUUCACUACUCACCCAUCAGAGUCUCUUAUCAAGAAAAAGGUUUCCUCCAUAAUGAAGUUAAAAUGAGUUUACAGUGGAGAGGAUUUCCAAAUGUGGUUACUUCAGCUAUAGCACUGCCCAACAUUAGAAGACCCGAUGGCUAUGAUUACUACGCCUUUUCUAGGAAUCAAUACUAUAACAUUGAUGAACCCAGGAGAACAGCAAGAGUCAUUACCACUCGUUCUGGGCGGAGCUUAUCCAAUGUCUGGUACAACUGUCCUUAGACCCACCAGCAAAGGAAGAGUCAACUAAUUAAAUGAAGAAUGAAAAAUUUUGACAUUGAAAUACAUUUUAUUAAUAAAGAAUGUUGAGAGAAGCAUA